UCACGAAUCCAUGGAACCUGCUAAAGUCAUUGUAGAGAAGAAUGAGAAUAGAUUUGAUUGAACCUCGAUAUCUGAGAUUGAUCACAUUUUGAAGAAAUAUACUGAUAACCUGAUGCAUGCUCUAGAAGGUGUGAGUGCACGAAUAUCAUAAUUAGAAACAAGAACACGAUAGAUUGAAAGUUCUAUGGAUGAUCUAAAAUUGGCUGUUGGCGACAAUUUUGGGAGCACUGAUGGAAAAUUGAGACACCUAGAAAAUAUUGUGAGAGAGGUGCAUACUGAAGUUAAAGCGAUCAGAGAUAAACAAGAUAUAGUAGAAGCAAAGACGCAGAUUGCUGCAAAGCUUGAGGUUGAGCAGCAGGUGGUAGGGGGCCAUGGCACCCAUCCCAGUGAAUCUUUGCAGGCCGCAUCUGCUCCACAACAAUCUCAUCAUCAACAAUCACCUUUUCCUUCUACUCUUGCACAACUUCCAUCACAAUCCUUUCCUCCACCCCAUCAUCAUCCACAACAGAAUAUGCCAUCUCAGGCACAACUUCCAAACCAACAAUAUCAGUUGAAUCAAAUUUCUCCAGUUCCUCCUCGAGAAUCUUAUGCUCCUGCACCUAGCCUAACACCUGAAAUUCCAAGCCAGCUAUACCAGAUGCCUUUAUCUCAACAGAUCCAACCAUCCCCCCUGCACCACCACCACAGUAUCAAUCAACACCUCAACUUCAGUACUCUCAGCCUCCUCAAUCAAACCUUGCCUUUCCUUUUGCCAGUCCAUCUCAGUCACCUCAACUUAAACCUCAACCCUCAUUAGGGCAUCACACUGAAGAAGCAUCAUUUAUACCACCACAUCAGGGCUAUCCACCAAAUAGCCACAAAACUCCUUCUAUGCCAUCUGGUGGAGAUUUGUCACAGCAGUUCUAUGGAGCUCCUCCUAACAACAUAUAUGAGAUACCAUCCAGCCGGCCUGGUCCAGGAUUUUCUGGUGGGUAUGGUCUGUCAUCUGUACCUGGUGAACCUUAUCUACAUAGUAGCUCAUUUUCCGAGUACGGAAGUGGGUCACCCAGCAAAUCACAACUUCCGAUGACCAUGAAUCACCAGAGUGGUGGAAGUGGCUAUACCCAACUUCCAACAGCAAAGAUAUUGCCUCAAGCACCUCCUACUGCAUCUCCUGUUGUUGGCAGUGCAGGUUCUACUGGGUCUGGAUAUAGGGUUCCUGUUGAUUAUGUAGUGGACAAAGUGACACUCAUGGGAUUUCCAAGAGACCAGGUGAGGGAAAUAGUCAGAAAGUUGACAGAUAAUGGCCAGGCAGUGGACUUGAAUGUGGUUUUGGACAAGUUAUUGAAUGAUGGGGAUGUCCAGCCACCACGAGGCUGGUUUGGCCGGUGAUUUUCUCUCCCUGUUCAUGCCU